CUGAACAGCAAGAGAGAAAGACAGCACCAGUUUCUCCGCGGGACACUACUCAGAACGGCGGUGAGCAAUGGGCGACUGGAGUUUCCUGGGAAACAUCUUGGAAGAGGUGAAUGAGCACUCCACUGUCAUCGGCAGGGUUUGGCUCACAGUGCUCUUCAUCUUCCGCAUCCUCAUCCUUGGCACGGCGGCCGAGUUUGUGUGGGGUGAUGAGCAAUCUGAUUUUGUAUGCAACACCCAGCAGCCAGGCUGUGAGAAUGUUUGCUACGAUGAGGCCUUUCCCAUCUCGCACAUCCGCCUCUGGGUUCUACAGAUCAUCUUUGUCUCCACUCCAUCGCUGAUGUAUGUGGGGUAUGCGGUACAUCACGUUCGCAUGGAGGAGAAACGAAAGGAUCGUGAGGCUGAGGAACUCUGUCAGCAGUCACGCAGCAAUGGGGGUGAGAGGGUACCAAUCGCCCCAGACCAGGCCAGCAUCAGAAAGAGCAGCAGUAGUAGCAAAGGCACCAAGAAGUUCCGUCUGGAGGGCACACUGCUAAGGACCUAUGUCUGUCACAUCAUCUUCAAGACCCUCUUUGAGGUGGGCUUCAUCGUGGGCCAUUACUUCUUGUAUGGUUUCCGCAUCCUGCCCCUCUAUCGCUGCAGCCGGUGGCCGUGCCCCAAUGUGGUGGACUGCUUUGUGUCCCGGCCUACUGAGAAAACCAUCUUCAUCCUCUUCAUGUUGUCGGUCGCAUUUGUGUCCCUCUUCCUCAACAUCAUGGAGAUGAGCCACCUGGGUAUGAAGAGAAUCCGGUCUGCCUUCAAGAGGCCUGUAGAGCAACCACUGGGGGAGAUUGCUGAGAAGUCCCUCCACUCCAUUGCGGUUUCCUCCAUCCAGAAAGCCAAGGGCUACCAGCUCCUAGAAGAAGAGAAGAUCGUGUCACACUAUUUCCCUUUGACGGAAGUUGGAAUGGUGGAAACCAGUCCCCUUUCAGCCAAGUCUUUUAGUCAGUUUGAGGAGAAGAUCAGCACAGGACCCCUGGCAGAUAUGUCACGGGGUUACCAAGAAACCCUGCCUUCUUAUGCUCAGGUGGGGGCCCAGGAAGUGGAACGGGAAGAGCAGCCUGUAGAGGAGGCUGCGGAACCAGAAGUGGUUGAGAAGAAGCAAGAAGCAGAGAAGGUGGUCCCAGAAGGGCAGGAGACAGUCGCAGUGCCAGACGCUGAGAAAGUAGACACCCCUGGCGUGGGGAAGGACGAUGAGAAAGAUGAGCUGCAAGCUGAAAAGGUAACCAAGCAAGGGCUGUCUGCGGAGAAGGCGCCCUCACUCUGUCCCGAGCUGACAACUGAUGACAAUCGGCCCUUGAGCAGGCUGAGCAAAGCCAGCAGCAGGGCCAGGUCGGAUGAUCUCACCAUAUGACAUGGUGCAGAAGAAAGAUACCCUGCCUCCAGCCAAUACAGACCAAGAUAAACCCAGCUGGUGCCAAUAUACUUUGAGUCUUCUGUGUCUCUUGGGUCACCCCCACCCCUGGUUGGAUAGAUGUUGUUCUAGAACUAUGCACGCUGUACAACUAGGGGAUUGAUUGCCUUUCCCGCCUAUAUGGGCCGUCAAGGUAAACCUGUUGUCCUAGUGAAGUUCCUAAUUCCAUGCCUGCCCUGGUCUUCUAUGCCAACUGCUAUUGGGAAGGGGGGCGGGGACUUGCUUUCUGACGCCAUUCUCCAUGGAAACCCAUCAGGUCAGAAUCAUGAUUACCUCAUAACCUUUUACUAGUCUUCUCUCAUGCUCACUAACUCAGUGAGAUUCUGUACCCCAGCACUUCCCUAGCAGAAGCCACCUAUCCUACAUGAGAUAUCCCAAACUCAAAAGCCUACCCAGGCAGGUGAUUUAAAUAGCAAAAGUUGCCCUGCUUAGAGCAACAAUGACAGAGAGACGGGCCAUGAAAGCUGGAGCGCAGGGGCAACAGCCGGCUGCUUCCAGGCAGUGGUUUCCUUCACGCCUGGAUAUCUGGGUUUUGUUUGGUUGGUUUUGUUUCUUUGUUGUUGCUGUUGUUUUAUG